AUGCGAGGAGCAUUUCUAUUUGCUUGUCAAUCACGUUCGAUGUCAACAAUUACAGCUUUACUUAAUGUUGGUGCACCAGUUGAUGAACUAGGUUCAUGUUCUCUUAAUUAUGCUGAUUCUUUUGUUCCUGGUAUUCGUAUAUUUAGUUCAUUUGGACAUGACUCAAUCUCUUUGGUGAAUCUCUAUCCAAUUCAUUUUGCUAUUGUCGAUAAUAAUCUCGAACUGUUACAAAAAUUGAUUACACCUACAACAAACAAGUUAUUAACAAUCCAUUACUUCACUCCUUUACAUAUAGCUUGUCUUUUUAAUCGAUCUAUAACAAUGAUCGAUCUAUUACUCUGCUAUGAAAAUGCUAAUCUUGCAACAAUAGCUAAAACAAGCAAUGGCAAAUUUCCUAAUGAGUUUGCUACUGAUCAAACAAUAAUCGAUUAUCUUCGACCUACACGUCUGCGUGCUUAUGUAGAAAUAGAAGAAAACCGUGAGAAAAUUCAAGAACAUAACUUAAAGAAACUUGAAGAAGGUACAGCUUUCCAAGUAUUCAUCAAAACUCUUACGAAUAAAACGAUCAUAAUUAUUGUCACAAGAGAAGAUACUGUCGAAAAUAUCACGAUAAAAAUUCAUGAAAAGACAGAUAUUCCACCUAAUCAACAACGAAUUAUCUAUGGGGGCAAACAAUUACGAGAUGGUCUCACACUUGCCGACUAUGAUAUUGGAAAGGAGGCUACUCUUCAUCUAGUCGUUAAUCUGCCUGGUGGAUACUAUUAG